AUGACCUGUGGGAAUAUUUCCUUACAGGCUCGGCUCUGCAGAAUUAGGACUAAAGUCUGCCUGGCACCGUCUCUUGGGACGUGUCUACGAAACGGGCUCUGGACAAGGCCAUGGAAGAAGGAAGAUGCUUGCCCGCCCUGUUUCCUUGGCACACAGGAGUGUUUGCACUCACUGUGUGUUCACGGUGUUGGUAACUCUGUGGGGAGACAGCGAGAGCCGUCUGCAUGUCUGUGCCAGGCGGCCCCGGCUGCUGUGGUCCGACCAACGGCUGCGGGUGAGAAAACAGAAGAGUUCAGGCUGGUCUACAGGUUUCCGUGGAUCAAGUACUGCAGGGUCCUGUCCCGACUGAAGCUGGUACAGACCGCCACCACGGUGGUCAUGCUGCCUCCCAUCUGCUACCUCUAUCUGCAAGACCAGGUCUCUCAGAAUAUCCUCUUAUACACAACUGACAUCGCGAUCUUUGCCGGUGCAAUGUUGUAUGGUAUGAGCUACUUUUUCAGACGAAUUAUUGGAUUAAUCUACCUAAGUGAAACGGGCCGUACCGUCAGAGUGGCCCACUUGACAUUCUGGGGAAGACGGAAUGACAUUUACUGUCCCACAGAGACAGUGAUGACUUUGGAUGAAGUUGGAGAUAGCAAGGGGGAGCUACUUCUCCAGUUCAAACGGUACAAUAGUACAGAUGUUUUGUAUUUUACGAUUAAGUUUGGCCAGAUUGUAGACAGACAGAAGUUUGCUCAAAUAUUUGGAGAGCUUGAGUGA